AUGGCGCGCCCCGGGGUCCGGCCCAGCUCGCUGCCCGCUGGGGGAGGCCUGGCCAGGGCCUCCUGGGGGGCUGCGGAACCCCGGGUGGGGCGGGGCGCUGCACAGCGCAGAGGCGCGGCCCGUGGGGGUGAGGAAGGGGACACCCCGUACGGCCGGGGGCCGGAGGGAUCGAGGCGGCGCCCCCGCACACACCGCGGGCACAGAGCCCUGCCGCAGCUGGCGGCUCCACCAGUGCGCAGCCCGCACCCCGGUGCCCCGCGCCGGCCGGGCGACCAGCUCCGCGCGCACGUGCGCACAGCAGACUCGGGGCCACCGCACCCCCGCGGCCCCCCUCGACCCCGCGUCCGCACGCCGGCGCCUCGGAGCGUGACAGGCGGGACUCGCGGCAGCACCGCACCGCCCAGGUUCCCCUGCCCGCAAGCCCGGCCGCGCCCGGCGCCCCGCACUCACUGGCGGCCCCGCUGCUGCUGCGGCCCCGGCUCCCGCUCCACCUCGCCGGUGCCGGCUGGGCCGCGGAGGCGGCGGCGACGGCAGGGGCGGAGCGGGAGGCCGCCGGGGCUGGGACCCCCCUCCCGUCGCGGAAGCCCCCCGCCUCCCGCGCUUAACCCCUCCCGCGCCGCGCCCCGCGCCCGCCGCCGCCCCCGCAGCUCCUACCUGCGGCCGCGCAGCCCCCCGGGCCCCCGGCGCUCGGACCCGAGCUGGUGUGGCCGCGGCCCAGACAUCAGCCGCCUCCUCUGGCCGCGCUGCUCCAGCUCCAGGCACCGUGGGUCCCUGGAGCCCUCAAUCCCGCCCCAGGGGACAGCCCGGCCCAGGUAG